UCUCAAGGGCGUUAGGUGGAAGACUCACGUGUGCAGCCGGUGGAGCCGCGAGUGAAGUGCAGAGUUACCCUUGUUAUCGUUUGUUCACAGGCACGAAGGAUGGACAGUUUUGGGUCGGAUUAUUCAUCCGGAACAGGGGCUGGAAAAAUGGAUACCGGCACGAUUAUGGAGCAAGUGAAGGUCCAGAUCGCCGUUGCCAACGCGCAGGAGCUUCUGCAGAGGAUGACAGAUAAAUGCUUCAAGAAGUGCAUUGGCAAACCGGGAAGCACGCUGGACAAUUCAGAACAGAAAUGCAUUGCCAUGUGCAUGGAUCGGUACAUGGACGCAUGGAACACAGUCUCUCGCACCUACAACGCAAGACUUCAGAGGGAGAGGGCACGUAUGUGAUGCACAGAGAGCAAGCAGCUGAACUUUGGGUUAACGGAGUGCAUCACUAGAGAGGCAAGGGUUGAAAGUGCACGUCAGCCCUGCCCCUUUAACACUCUGCAGCUGAAAGCCAUCCCAGGAAUCAGGAAGUCCUGGCUUUUAGACUCAGAAUAUCUUUGGGGACUUUUUUUUCUGUCUGGACAUGUUACGUAUAGGUGGACACUUUUUACUCAUUUUGAUUUUAAUGUGGAAGGCAUGUGAUGGCUCACACUAGGCACCUACCUUAAACCUUUACAAGUCUGCAAUCGGUCUGUAUGUGGAAUGAAGCCCUGGAGCGUUUGAAGCCCUGGCCCCAUCCCAAAUCUCUGUAAAGCUCUUGCAGUGUUUAACAACCUGGUAAUAUCAAAUCCUCCCAUCUUGCCAGUAAUAGCAGGUGCCCGUUGAUGCGACUGAUCCGUCAGUCUUAAAAGGCCUGCGUGCCCUUUGUUGGUUCUUUUGGUUUUCCAUGUGCCCUGUGUGGGGACUCUCCCAUGUGGGCACAGAGUCGUCUCGUCUUCCCACUCUCUGCUCCACAAACCUAGUUCUUUUCACAAGGAAGGAUUCAGGAACAUCUCACUUUCCAUAACUGUGGCUUCUGCGCAAGAGCCCACCCAGCAGGCCUGCUUAUUUACAUCCACGGAACAGAAUGCGAUUGUCCAUGCUGGAUUCACAUGUCACACUAUCUGCCGACAACAGUAGCAGGUUUGUUCAAAUGCCAAUUGCUGUACCACAGACCUCGAGAAAAGCGGCUUAUGCUGCAUGCGAGGCAUGUCAGAUUUCUGGUAACCUGGUUUUCCUCAGUCAACCUUUUUUUUCUGCUCAGAGAACGAUGUCCCAAAGUGUUCUGGGUGAUUGUUGCAGGAAUGAUUAAAAAUGAUUAAAUAUUUGUCAUGCUGCUUUUAA